AUGGCCUACCUCGUCGAAUUCAGCCAAGAUGGCAGCGUGCUGCAGCAGUGGAAGCUGCGGGGAGGCCGCUGCUACUCUGUGGGGCGCAACACGAGCUGCAGCAUAGUGCUGCCGCACAUAAGCAUAUCGCGGCGGCACGCGCUGCUGCUGCUGCGGCAGCCAGCAGCAGCAGCAGCAGCAGCAGCAGCAGCAGCAGCAGACCUCGCCGAACUCCACGAACUCGGCGCUGUUAAUGGCACUUCUGUCGACGGAAAAAGACUCAAAAAUAAUUCAGUUGUUGCUCUCAAAGAAGGCGCAGAAAUCCUCUUCGGAGAAAACCCCAACGCCUACAAGCUGCUGCAAGGCGGUCACCGCGAAAAAGGGCUUGAUGUGUUGAGGCCUAGAAGCUGCUCCCCCCCAGCUGGCAGCAGCAGCAGCAGCAGCAGCAGGAGACGCUCCAGCUCCCCAGACAGGCACAGCAGCAGCAGCAGCAGCAGCAGCAAAAAUGCUGAAGGAGCGAAGAGGGAGGCAGAGGAAGCAGCAGCUAGCAGGAAGCGCAGCAGAAGCCCGGACAGGGAGUCUGCAGCAAAGCCAGCAGCAGCUGCUGCUGCUGCUGCAGAAGGCAGCAGCAGCAAGCCGCGCUACCUCACCAUGAGUACGCAAGCUGCUGACAGCAGCAGCAGCAGCAGCAGCGCGAGGCGCCGCAGCAGGUGGACCCGGCGCUCCCCAUCCCCGGGGACCGCCAGCCCCAGCAGCAGCAGCAGCAGCAGCAGCAGCAGCAGCAGCAGCAGCAGCAGCAGCAGGAAGCAGCUGCCUGAUGAGGGGCUGAAUGCCCUCUUGGCUAAGUUGAGUGAAGCAAAGAGAAAGCGCGAGGUGGAGAAGGAGCAGCAGAAGCUGCAGGAGCAGGCUGCUGCUGCUGCUGCUGCUGCAGUUGCUGCUGCUGCGAACGCUGCAGCAGCAAACGUCGCAGUGCUGAACGCAGCGUUUGCGAACGUCGCCGCUGCUGCUGCUGCUGCUGCUGCUGCUGCGCCGACUGCAGCAGGAGUGCGUGCUGCUGCUGCUGCAGCAAACGGAGCAGCAGGAGGCUCGGGGCUGAGCGUGCAGGAGAAGCGGCGGCUGCUGUGGGGCAAGAAGAAGCCGGGCGAGCAGCAGCAGCAGCAGCAGCAGCAGCAGCAGCAGCAGGAAGCAGAAGUCGACACAGACCCCAAUAAAUACUCUCUUUCUUUCGGAAGUGAUGCUGAAAGAAAGUCCAAGUUCUUGAAGCUCAUGGGCCACAAGGGGGACCCCAGUUCCAUUGCAAACUCCACCCACAUUCCCCCCGCGGAGGCGCACCUGGACCCGAAGCAGACGCAGCGCAUCAACAGCGAGUUGGAGCUGCAGUACUACCAGGGCAUUCGCCGCAAAGACGGGAGAAAGACUGGCCUGGGCCUCUAG